AAACAAAAGCGAAAAACAACAACACAGAUCUUUAAAUCUCAAAAUUUUAAAUGUUUGUGUAUAAUGUAAAAAUAAAAUUGUUGUGAAUUUUAUGUUCUAUUGUCACUUCUGUUAGUCGGUGAUUAAAAUCCAUUAAUAAAAUAUAUAUCAUACCUACGUGUAAUUGCUGUAAAAUUGUCCCAAUAAAAAAUUCACCAAUAAGAAAAAACAACAACACCAAACCCACAAAUAAUCAAGCAGUGCAACAAAAUAAACCACCGGAAUACAAAAAGAAAAAAAAACACAAAAAUCAAUUGAAAAACCUAUUAUCGCAGAUCACGUAUCCUCAUGAAGUGUUGGGAAAACAAGUGAAACGAAUUAAAUCGCCAUAAAACGCGCUCGCGCCCCCAAAACAAAAAUCUUUUGGUAUUAACGCGCGCCGCACAACAGCAACCUCAAUAAUCCAAUUGAGGUUGUGGUCGGAUAUUACUCCUACUGUCACUCACUCGUUCGCUGGGCCCACUCCACAGUGUUCCUUCGUCCCAAUUACAUCCUGUAGCAGUGGUCCAACACGUUCCGCGUCAUGACGGAACAACGCCAACAAUCACCCAUGACCAUAGCAGUCCUCUCGCUGGCCCUGGUGUUGACAUUGUGUGCGAAAAGCAUAUCCUGCGAUUAUGAAAAUACAUGGAAUUUUUACAACGAACAACCAUGUUGCGGUGGCACUGACAACGCCAACUAUGUCACCAAACACAGACGAGAUCAUGUGCGCGAAUUUAAUUGCGGGAAACUCUAUUAUCGCACUUUCCACAUGGACGAGGAAAGAGAUUCGCUAUAUGUGGGAGCCAUGGAUCGCAUAUAUCGUUUAAGCCUUAAAAAUAUAUCCUCAUCUACAUGUGACCGUGAUCUUAUUAAUUUGGAACCCACACGAGACGAUGUUGUGAGCUGCGUUUCAAAGGGCAAAAGUCAGGUGUUUGAUUGUAAAAAUCACAUACGCGUUAUACAAAAAAUGCAAGGCAACAGGCUGUACGUGUGUGGCACAAAUGCUCACAACCCCAAGGAUUAUGUCAUUUAUACCAAUCUCACACAUUUAUCCAGAUCUGAAUUUGUCAUGGGCAUUGGCCUGGGUAUUGCCAAAUGUCCCUAUGACCCCUUGGAUAACUCAACAGCCAUUUAUGUGGAGGAAGGCAAUCCUGGUGGUUUGCCUGGUUUGUACUCUGGGACAAAUGCUGAAUUCACUAAAGCGGAUGCUGUCAUCUUUCGUACGGAUUUGUAUAAUACCACGGCAAAGCGUUUGGAAUAUAAAUUUAAACGUACACUGAAAUACGAUUCCAAAUGGUUGGACAAACCCAACUUUGUUGGGUCCUUUGACAUUGGUGACCAUGUCUAUUUCUUCUUCCGCGAAACUGCUGUGGAGUAUAUCAACUGCGGCAAGGCUGUGUAUUCGCGUAUUGCACGCGUUUGCAAAAAGGAUGUGGGUGGCAAAAAUCUAUUGGCCCACAAUUGGGCCACCUACUUGAAGGCUCGUCUAAACUGCAGCAUUUCUGGUGAAUUCCCCUUCUACUUCAAUGAGAUUCAAUCGGUGUAUCAGUUGCCAAACGAUAAGACACGUUUCUAUGCAACAUUUACAACGAGCACCAAUGGCCUGGUUGGCUCGGCAGUUUGCAGUUUCCACAUCAAUGAGGCGCAAGCGGCAUUCAAUGGUAAAUUCAAAGAACAAUCCUCCUCAAACUCCGCCUGGUUGCCAGUAUUAAAUUCACGUGUUCCCGAACCACGACCUGGUACAUGUGUCAAUGAUACCUCAAAUUUGCCAGAUUCUGUACUCAACUUUAUUCGUUCACAUCCCUUGAUGGACAAGGCUGUCAAUCAUGAACACAGUAAUCCGGUGUACUAUAAGAGAGAUUUGGUUUUCACCAAAUUGGUGGUUGACAAAAUUAAAAUCGAUAUCUUAAAUCAGGAGUACACCGUUUAUUAUGUCGGCUCCAAUUCGGGACAUAUCUACAAAAUCGUUCAGUAUUAUCGCAAUGGUGAAUCGCUGUCGAAGCUCUUGGAUAUCUUCGAAAUCGCACCCAAUGAACCCAUUCAGGUGAUGCAAAUCAGUCAGACACGUAAAUCGCUGUAUGUUGCCACGGAUCAUCGUGUCAAGCAAAUCGACAUGGCCAUGUGCAAUCGUCGCUAUGACAAUUGUUUCCGCUGCGUACGUGAUCCUUACUGUGGCUGGGACAAGGAUGCGAAUACAUGUCGUCCAUAUGAAUUGGAUUUGUUGCAGGAUGUUGGCAAUGAGACCAGCGACAUUUGUGACUCUAGUGUUUUGAAGAAGAAAAUCACUGUUACCUAUGGCCAAAGUGUUCAUUUGGGCUGUUUUGUAAAAAUUCCUGAAGUUUUGAAAAAUGAACAAGUCACUUGGUACCAUCACUCCAAGGACAAGGGGCGCUAUGAAAUCAAAUACAAUCCUACAAAGUAUAUCGAAACCACAGAACGGGGAUUAGUUGUAGUCUCUGUGAACGAGGCCGAUGGUGGACGUUAUGAUUGCCAUUUGGGUGGUUCAUUGCUGUGCAGCUACAAUAUAACCGUUGAUGCCCAUAGAUGCACACCACCCAACAAAAGUAAUGACUAUCAGAAAAUCUAUUCGGAUUGGUGUCAUGAAUUUGAAAAAUAUAAGACAGCUAUGAAAUCCUGGGAAAAGAAACAGGCGCAAUGUUCAACUCGCCAAAAUUUCAGUCAACAGCAUCCAAAUGAAGUAUUCCGCAAAAAUAUAGUCUGAUAUCAAGAAGGACUCAACGCUAACCCAUUAACGUCCAUUAAACUGUUCUAAAAAUAAUAAAAAAAAACCAACAAAAUUCAUUGACAGAAAUCAAUCGAGAAGCAAACAACUAACUAAACCUUUCACUCUACAUACCCAUACAAACACACAAAUACAUACAUAUACAAACAAAAAAACAUACAUACAUAGAUACUCUUACAUUACAAAUGCAAAGCAAUAGCAAUAUACAUAUUUAACUUUAACAAAAAAAGAAAUGACGUAAAAGAAACUAAAUUUAAAUUAAAUUUUAACAAAAAUAAAUAAAACAAAAAAAAAACUUAAAUUAAUUCAAAAUAGAAAAAACAAAUGACAGAAAGAAAAUAUCAAAAGGCAAAUUCAACAAAAGUUCCCGCAUAUUUAGAAAUACUUGCAACAAUUUAUGCAAUCUACUACAAAAACACAUGCAUACAUAGAUACGAAUACAUGUCAACUAAACGAUACGAUGAUACACACACACACACACAUAUGCAUACAAUAGCAAUAGCAAUACGAUCACAAUAAACGUGGCAUUUAUUAUAUAGAGAGAGACAUUUAAGUAAGUUUAUUAAAAUAAAAUAAAAUAAAACAACAAAAAGGAAAAGAAAAUAAAUAAAAUCUAAAAUUACGAAACACACACAUACAUAGUAAAUGCAUCAAAACUAUUCCCCACAAGCCCAUAUAGACAAAACAAUAGCUUAUUUUUGUGGACUAAUUAGCCAUUUGCAACAAUUUUAUUGAAAAUUCAAAUCAACCGCAACUAUCAGCCUAUCAACCAACCAAACCAAACCAAACCAGACCAACCAACCACACAGCAUGGCCAAUGACUUUGAAUUGUUUUAAUUUUGACUAUUCGAUUUUCAAAACAAAUUUCGCAUGCAAAUGAAAUGACAAGCAUUUGUGGCCAUAGUCAUAGUCAAUUUAUAUACUCGAAAAAACAAUAACAAACCAAAUAAAAUUCCAUGCAAAAAUCAUUGAAGUGAAAUAAACUAAUAACAGCCUAGCAUAACAUAACAGCUAAUAACAAGCACAUCGUCCACAACGAAAAUAUUUUUAUCGAAAUUUUACAUUUCAUUGGUUUUUGCAUUUCCACCAACUACCUGAAGUUAAUUUUGUCAAUUGUUUAGUUACAUGCGGGUGCAUUCUUUAAAUUUUCAAUCUUAUACAAAAGUCCAUGUAGCAUGCCCAGGAUAAAUGCAGCCCAGAGGAUUUUUGUAGUACUGGAACAGCGAAACUGUCAAACAGGAACCUAACAAAAAUACGCCACUGAGAAGGGAUAGAGAAAACUCUUUGAAAUGCUUAAUGCUGAGGUGCCAUCGAGAUCAAGUGCUAAUUUUAAAGGCGCUAGGUGUUCCGGAAGCCUCUAGGCAGAAAAAAAUGUUCGGUCAUCAAAAUCUUCAUUUCUGGUCCCAUUUUCUUAAUUCAUGAUUUCUUCGGAAAAUGGUAACACAAAUAUCAGCCUUUGUUACUCCGGCAGAAUUUUCAAGUUCGUAAAACUGAGGAGGUUACAGCAAUUUCAAGUUAACCCAGAUUUUUUUUUACCAUUUUUGGAUAUCAAUUGUGCGAUUUUGAACUUGUUUUUUGAAGAAAAGUCAUAGGAGUUGCACUUAACCGAAUUUUUUACCAUAAUCUUCAAUAAUGUAUACUAAACUCGAAAAAUUUGUUCGCAUAAAAAAAUUUAAAAUUUUCAUAA